UCCUCUGCAAACUGAACAGCAUGGCACAAAGCGCCCAGAACCAUCUUCUGCUAAAAGUUUGGUUGAUAUAGGCACUCGGAGGAUCUUCUCAUCAGAUCAUGAUAUCUUCAGGGAGAGUGUCAGGAAGUUCUUUCAGGAAGAAGUGCUGCCUUUUCACGCACAAUGGGAAAAGGAUGGCCAGGUGAGCAGGGAGCUCUGGGAAAAAGCUGGACAGCAGGGUUUGCUGGGUGUUGCUAUCGCUGAAAAACAUGGAGGCAUCGGAGCAGAUAUUCUCUCUUCAGCCGUGGUCUGGGAGGAGCAGAUGUAUGUUAACUGUUCUGGCCCAGGAUUCAGUCUUCAUUCGGAUAUAGUCAUGCCCUACAUUGCAAACUAUGGCUCUGAAGAACAGAUUAAACGUUUCAUUCCUGAAAUGGUUGCAGGCAAGUAUAUUGGAGCUAUUGCCAUGACAGAACCCGGGGCUGGCAGUGACUUGCAGGGAAUAAGAACAUAUGCAAAAAAAGAUGGAAAUGACUGGAUUCUUAAUGGGAGUAAGGUAUUCAUCACUAAUGGCUGGAUGAGUGAUGUAGUGAUUGUGGUUGCGGUUACAAACCAGGAGGCCCGGUCUCCUGCUCAUGGGAUCAGCCUUUUUCUGGUGGAAAAUGGAACAAAAGGUUUCAUCAAAGGACGCAAGCUGGACAAAAUUGGCCUGAAAGCUCAAGACACUGCAGAGCUGUUUUUUGAAGAUGUACGGUUGCCAGCCAGUGCCUUACUUGGAAAGGAGAACAAAGGCUUCUACUAUCUGAUGGCAGAGCUCCCUCAGGAAAGACUGCUGAUCGCUGAUAUGGCUCUUGCUAAUUGUGAAUUCAUGUUUGAAGAAACAAGGAAUUAUGUGAAACAAAGAAAAGCUUUUGGGAAGACGAUUGCACACUUGCAGACGGUACAGCACAAGUUGGCAGAAAUGAAAACACAGAUUUGCGUGGGACGAGCUUUUAUGGACAACUGUUUGCAGCUGCAUGCAGAUAAACGUCUGGACUCCUCCACAGCUUCUAUGGCAAAGUAUUGGUGUUCUGAUCUCCAAAACAGCAUAGCUACUCAGUGUGUACAACUGCACGGAGGAUGGGGGUACAUGUGGGAGUAUCAAAUUGCAAAAGCUUUCGUGGAUGCCCGUGUUCAGCCAAUCUAUGGUGGUACCAAUGAAAUAAUGAAGGAGCUUAUUGCUAGAGACAUUGUCAGUGACAAGUAGGGCAGAUGCUUACUACUUUGAAGAGUUUUCCAGAGUCCUUUUAUAUUAAUAUAUGACAUAAAAUCAGACAUCAGAAUGUAAGUAAAAUAGAUGUGGUGUAUCAUACUAU